CAGAGAGCUUCCCAAAGCGCCCAACCAACAGCCUGGGGCAACAGCCAUGGCGCAUGGAGAAGGAUGGCCUGCAGGUGGUGAGAGCCAUUCAGGAUUCCGGGUGGCGUGCCGCACUGCUCCUUGCCGAUGUCCAAGUUCCAAGGCGGAGCCGGCUUUACGUCCUCAACGCGGUCAUCAGCAGCUGCGAGCGCUCCGCCGCCUGGGCACCAGCGCUGCAUGUGCUUGGCAGGAUCCGUCGCCGCGGCCUGCAGCCCGACAAAAUCUCCCUGGGCAGCGCUUUGAGCAGCCUCGGCUCCGAUCGGAGUCUGUGGGAGCGUGGACUGCACCUGCUCAGAGAGACGGAUGUUCCCUUGGAUGUGGUCAUCUACAAUGCCUCCAUCAGCGCUUGCGCCAAAGGUGAGCAGUGGCAGCUCUCCCUACAGCUGCUCUCGGAGUUGUUGGAUGGAGAACUGCUGCCCAGCACUGUCACCUUCGGCGCGGCGAUUUCGGCCUGCGCCGCAGGUGGGUGCUGGCAACUGGCGCUGGUCUUGCUGGCGCGACUUCAAGAGGAGCGCUUGCGCAGCAGCAAUGUCCAUUGCAGUGCAGCGGUGCACGCCUGCACGCGAGGACACUCCUGGCCAUUGGCUCUGGCGCUCUAUGCCCGAGCUGGCGCUGCCAUGCAGCUGAACCAGGUGACCAACAACGCCUACGUCUUGGCUUGCGGCACAGCCAGCUGGCGCUUGGCACUUGCGACAAAUCAACUGCGGCCUGACACGGUGACCUGGAAUGUCAUGAUGGCCGCAUGCGCGAGCAAGGGCGCCUGGCCGACAGCUGCAAGCAUGGCGGAGGAUCUGCGCUCGAAGGAGGGGUGUUUGGGCGCUGGCGCAUGGGGCGCCCUAGCUGCGGUCGCCAAGAAGUGUGCCAAGUGGCAGUGGAGCCUGGAGCUGUGCCAGGCAAUGGGAUCCCCCAACUUGCUCAUCUACAGCUCUGCCAUUGCCGCCUGUGAGACUACGCAGUGGCCCAUGGCGUUGCACCUGCUGCAGGAGCUACAACGAUGUCACCAGGCCGACAGCAUCGCUCUGGCCGCCUGUGCAGACGCCUGCGGAAGGGCGGAGCAGUGGGAAAUCGCGCUGAACCUGGCGACGGAAGGCCAUUGCGCCUUGUGUGGUUUGCGCGCCUUGGCGGCCGCCAAGCGCUGGGCCCAGCUGCUGGCUGCGCUGCAAGAGAUGCGGGGAGAUCGGACGGAGGAGGCCUUCAGCAUUGCCAUCAGUGCCUGCGAGAAGUGCAAUCAGUGGCAGCAGGCUGUACAGCUCCUGGCGGACAUGCCAAGGUAUGUGCGGCCGGAUGCCUUUGCCUUCAACGCCGCGAUCAGCGCAUGUGAGAAAGGCGAGCAGUGGCCUCAAUGCCUCUCGCUGCUGUCCUCCGCUCUCAGCUGCGGCUUCGCCCAAGCGCUGGCCUUCGCGCCGGCGGCCUUGGCGAGCCCCUGGCAACACGCCCAAGGCUUGCUGGCGCUGCGGAAGCGGCGGCUCUCGCCCGCGCAGGACUUCACAGUGAACGCGGUGCUCAGCGCGUGCCAAAAAGCAUCGGAAGAAACUGCGAGAUGCUGGCAGGGAGGGCGACAAUGCAAGGCCUGGCGCUCUGCUUGCGCCAACUUUACGCCCUCCCUGCUGCCUGCGACCUCCGCCAUGAGCGCCGCAGGCGGUCGGUGGCAGCUGGCUGCCAGCUUGCUGGCAGCCCUUCAGGCGCGCACGACGGUGGAUGAGGCGUGCUACAACGCGGCGCUCAUUACUUGUGAGAUUCUGAGCGCGGAUUGGUACCGAAUAGCGCGGCUCACAUGCAUCCGGCUCUACAUGCAUCAGCGCGUAUCAAUGCGGCUCAACGCGGACUGGCGCGGCUCAGGGCGGAGCAGUGCAGACCCGCGCAGAUCAGCGCGGCUGAGCGCGGAGUAG